GUCACUGCUAAGCGCCCAGGUCCUGACCAUUCUGUCCAAGUACGGGAUCUGCACCCACAUCACAGGAUCCCUGGAACAAUGGUUGCCUUCACUCUUCCUGCAAGACAUCUAGACUGGAUUCUUAAAGAAAUGGCAAUGACCCUUCUUCUCCUGACCAGUCUUUGGGAUGUGGUUUGGAGUUCAGAUCCUGCAACUUCAGACACAGCUGGAAUCAGGUUGGUGAAUGGUUCAAGUCGUUGCAGUGGCAGACUAGAAGUGUCCCACAAUGGCCAGUGGGGCACUGUUUGUGAUGAUAGCUGGGGUUUGGAGGAUGCUGCGGUUGUUUGUCGGCAGCUGGGAUGUUCAGCUGCAAUAUCAGCCCCACGUGGAGCAUAUUUUGGAAAAGGAACUGGGAGCAUCUGGCUAGAUGAAGUCGAAUGCAAAGGCACAGAAUCAGCUCUCAGUCAGUGCCCUGCAAUGCCUUGGGGAAAAAAUGACUGUCAUCAUGGAGAAGAUGCUGCCGUUGUGUGCUCAGAACUGAGGCUGGUUGGUGGAUCAACUCAGUGUGCUGGUAGAGUUGAAGUCCUUCAUAAACAGAAGUGGGGAACCGUUUGUGGAAAUGGCUGGAACUUGACAGAAGCCCAGGUCGUGUGUCGGGAGAUGGGCUGUGGGAAAGCUCUAACAGCACCAAUUGGAGCUAAGUUUGGACAAGGCUCGGGCCCCACUUGGAUGGAUGGACUCAACUGCACAGGAGAAGAAGACAGUCUACACAAAUGCCCUGCAAAACCAUUGGCAGAACACAGCUGCGACCGCAGCAUGCAUGCGGGUGUAGAGUGUGCAGAACCACCUGAAAUCAGGCUAUCUCAGGGUGACCAUCAAUGUGCUGGGAGAGUUGAGAUAUUCCAUGAAGAGCUCUGGGGAACCAUUUGCGACGACAAUUGGGAUCUUGACGAUGCCAAGGUUGUGUGUCGUUACCUAGGGUGUGGAACAGCCAUCUCAGCCCCACGAGGCUCUCGUUUCGGAGAAGGGUCGGGUCCCAUCUGGCUGGAUGGUAUUAACUGCACAGGGACGGAGAAUGCCAUCAGCAAGUGCCCUGCAAAAGAAUGGGGGCAGCAUGACUGUACCCACAGCGAAGAUGCUGGCGUUAUAUGUGCAGAUAUCCGUUUAAUGGCUGGCUCAAAUCGCUGUUCAGGGAGGGUUGAAAUUUACCACAACGAGCAGUGGGGAACUAUUUGUGAUGAUGGCUGGGAUAUACACAACGCCCAAGUUGUGUGCCGAGAACUAGACUGUGGAAACGCCAUAGCAGCAGUAGGAGGAGCACGCUAUGGUCAAGGGUCUGGUACCAUCUGGCUGGGUACAGUUAACUGUGCAGGAAAAGAAAAAGCCCUCAGAGAAUGCCAGAAAAGUCCCUGGGGAGAGCAUAGCUGUGACCACAGGAGAGAUGCAAGUGUGGAGUGCUCAGACCCAAAUGAGAUCAGAUUGGUGAACGGUUCAAACCGGUGCUCUGGCAGAAUUGAAAUACUCCACAACCAGCAGUGGGGGACUAUUUGCGAUGAUGGCUGGGAUAUACAAAAUGCCCAAGUUGUGUGCCGAGAGCUUGAUUGUGGAACAGCCCUGGCAGCCCCACUAGGAGCUCACUUUGGAGCAGGGAUGGAUCACAUCUGGCUGGAUGACGUCAAAUGUAAAGGGACAGAAGCUUCCCUCAGGGACUGCCAGCUAAAAGGCUGGGGAGAACAUAACUGCAACCACGGAGAAGACGCUGGUGUGAUGUGCUCAGAACUCAGACUGGUGAAUGGCUCGAAUCGCUGCUCAGGGAGAGUUGAGAUAUUCCACAACCAGCAGUGGGGGACCGUAUGUGAUGACCGCUGGGGCAUGAAGCAGGCUGAAGUCAUUUGCAGAGAGAUGAAUUGUGGUGUUGCAUUAAAAGCCCCUACAAAUGCUUUUUUUGGACAGGGAUCAGGGCCCAUCUGGAAGGAUGAUGUCAAUUGUGUUGGAACAGAAGCUGUCUUCAGUGAAUGCACAUCGAGUGAUUGGGGCCUUAAUAACUGUCACCACAGAGAAGAUGCUGGUGUUGAGUGUGCAGACCCAGCGCUGUUGAGGCUGGUCAAUGGUUCAAGUCGGUGCUCUGGAAGGGUGGAAGUGUUUCAUUUGCAACAAUAUGGAACCGUGUGCGACGACAGCUGGGAUAUUAAUGAAGCCAUCGUUGCAUGCCGGAAUCUUGACUGUGGAAAUGCCAUAGCUGCCCCACGUGGAGCUAGGUUUGGAAAAGGGGAUGGUGUCAUCUGGCUGGAUGAUUUGCAAUGUACAGGAAGAGAAUCUUUCUUGGCAGACUGCAGAACAAAGCCUUGGGGAGCCAAUGACUGCAACCAUGGAGAAGAUGCUGGUGUUGUAUGUUCAGAUGAUCUCCGACUUGUAAAUGGCUCAAGCCGCUGCAGUGGGAGAGUUGAGAUUCGUCCACCCCACACGGAGCAGUGGGGAACUGUCUGUGACCGAACCUGGGACAUAAAUGAUGCUGAAGUUGUGUGUCGGCAGCUGGGAUGUGGAAAAGCUACAUCAGCCCCACAUGGAGCUCAUUUUGGGCUAGGAUCUGGUUCCAUCUGGAUGGAUGAUGUAAACUGCAACAGCACAGAAGAAGCCAUUUCGGAAUGCAGUGCAAAAACCGAGGGAAACAAUAACUGUCAUCAUGGACAAGAUGCGGCCGUUAUUUGUUCAGAAUCGUCCAACAUCCAAGUGGGUGAUGUCAGACUGGUAAACGGGUCUCCGAAUGUUUGUGCUGGACGGGUCGAAGUCUUGCACCAGCAGCAGUGGGGAACAGUGUGUGAUGAUGAAUGGGACCUGGAAGAUGCUGGAGUUGUAUGCAAGCAACUGGGCUGUGGCUUUGCUUUGGAAGCCCCACAUUUAGCACACUUUGGAGAAGGGACUGGUGCCAUCUGGUUGGAUAAUGUGAACUGCACAGGGACUGAAGAUUCCCUCCAAGACUGUAAAGGACAGUCCAUGGGAGAGCACAAUUGUCAACACCAAGAGGAUGCAAGUGCCAUAUGCUCAGGUCUUUUCCAGAUGAGAUUGGCCAACGGACCUGAUUCCUGCACUGGGCGGGUGGAGAUCGAGUUUAAUGGCUCUUGGGCCUACGUUGGUGAAUCUGGCUGGAGUCUUUCAGAGGCCACAGUGGUCUGCCGGCAACUGGGCUGUGGUGCAGCAGUGUCUGCACCAGUGGGCAAUCAAUAUGGUGUCGUUCUUGGCCCAGCUUUGCUGAAUGAGGUGAAAUGUACUGGACGAGAGUCAUCCCUCAUUGAAUGCCAGGCUCAAGGCGCAGGUCUCCAUAAAUGCCUCUGUGGCGUCUACGCAGGAGCAGUGUGCGCGGGAAAGACAGGCUCUUCUGUAGCCAUUACAGUGAUUCUGGUGCUUGUAGCUGCUGCCCUUCUUCUUGGUGGCACCUUCCUCUACCUGAAGAAACGGAGGAGAGGGGAACCCUUGUGGGCGAAUCUCUUCACUCGUACACAAAAUGCAUUUAGGAAAGUCUCCACGUUUCAAUCAGAUAUGGUAAAUGGGACUCCAGAAACAUGUGUCCAGGAAGGGGCUCUUCAAGAGACGGAGUCUGACACCAUCUGCCUGGUGAAAACUACCUCCGACUCUCCUGCAGACCAUGUUAACUAAGAGACUGGGAGUGGGGUAUGGGGGAGGGUCCUCAAAUACAGGUGAGAAAUGAGCAUCUACCAGGAGAUAGGUCCCUCUGCACCCACUUCUAGUAGGAGGCCCUAUUCAUGUCCCCUUUUCUUAUGCUAGGAAUAUGAGGAUGCUAGGAAUAGGAAGAUGUCCUAGUUUCUAGAAAACACAAAAAAAAUGAGUACUAUACAACGGGGAUUGAAGACAGAAGGCUUCAGAAAUAUGCAUCUCUUCCAUUUUUCUAUGGCCUGCAGAACUCAGAGUUUCAUACAGCAUUCUUCCUGUCAUUUAUCCUCAAAAUAGUCCUGCCACGUCCUGCACACCAAACAUUUGCAUGCAACAUGGAGCUGUAGCUGGGGAAGUUGGAAUGUCAAUGGGAGGCUUUCCAGGCACCCACAUGUGCUGUGUAUGUAAGGAGGGUCUUUCUGUUCCAUUAUCAUCUGAACUGUGUCACAACACUGCUACGAGCAUGAAGAGUUGAAAGCAUUUCACACACAUCGUUUCAGUAACUUUUACAAUAUACCUGUAGAGUAGGUUGGUAUUAUUACUCCCAAACUACAAACUGGCAAACAAAGGGGACUGAAGCCAAGGGAUCACGGCUCAUCCAGGGCUACCUAGCACUCUGAUCGGAUUUAGACCAGAAUUUUUGGCUCACAGCUAAUUCCCUUAACAACACCACUACCUAAACUAUUGAGUAUUCCAGACCUGGGAAUCAAGACUUGUCAAUUUCACUGAAGGGAUUGCUCAGUUUCCAAGAAGAAUUUCCAUAUGUGUGCAGAGUUGGUUGGUUUCUUUUUAAAAUUCAGUAACUAGCAGUGCAAGCAGCAACUAGCAGUGCAAUCCUAAACAGAGUUACUCCAGUCUAAGCUUAGACUGGAGUAACUCUGCUCAAGAUUGCACUGUAAAUUUAGUAUGGAAAUUAAACAGUUGGGUCAAUAAAGUACAAUUUUAUUUCA